AUGGACCCCGUCUCUGCUGUUGGCUUGGCAUCUUCCAUUCUCACCUUCGUGGAUUUCGCUUGGAGCCUGCUCGGAGGUGCAGUGGAAAUAUAUCGCUCAGUUGACGGGACUCUUGACGAGAAUGCGCGUCUCGAUGAUGUGAAAGAUGACCUUGACUCAUUAUCUGAUCUACUGGGCGUGAAACCUCCUUGCAAAACCAAAGCUGAAAGGAGGAUCGCCAGGAUCGCGGAAGACUGCCGGGAUGACUCCAACACGCUUCGAGACUUGCUCGCAGAGAUUGCAGGUGGCAAGAAUAAACGAGCCUUCUGGCGAAGUCUGAAGGCGAGUUGGUCGAGCAUUAGGAGUCGAAAAGAAAUCGCCGAUUUGAAGGUUCGGCUGCAGGAGUACCGCUCAGAAGUUCUCCUCCAUGUUACAAUGCUCCUGAGAGAGGAGCAGUCGAGCCUUGGUCGAGGGAUCGCCAAGAUCAAAGAUGACUGCUCCCAGCUGAGGAUCGAGUUCAGAAAUCAAAUCACUAGCACACAAGAUGAAAUCUUGGAUGCCAUAGAAGCUUUGAACGGAUCCACUGAUGAAGCGAAUUUGACGAGUGAAUUCUCUUUGGUAGAUAUCUCGAAAUUGCUUCUCGAGAUGCAAGCUGAAAUUCAUAAAACACACCUUCAACACCGAGUUCUUCGUCAGCUUGUUUAUGAAAACAUGAAUUCACGCGCCUAUCAGAUCCCCAAAGCUGCGCAAGACACUUACAAAUGGACUGUUGAAGAUGGUCCUGUCGAAGAAUUGGAUCAACGCAGACAUGCGUGGCAAGUGUUUCUUGAAUGGCUGAGGGUGGGAGACAAGAUUCUUCAUGUCUCGGGAAAUGCCGGAUCGGGAAAAUCGACCUUGAUGAAGUUUGUCAGCCAGCAUGAACGAACUAAGGAAGAGCUCAAGGCAUGGGCGGCAUCGAAGACACUGAUAUUUUGUGUGUUUUACUUUUGGAAUCCAGGAUCCAUGGCGCAACGCACCCUUACGGGGCUUUACAGCUCGCUCCUUUUUCAAGCGCUCACCCAAUGUCCUGAACUCAUGGAAGAAGUAUUUCCUGUGCAAAUUAGGAGAAUGGAAACCUCCACCGGAGACGCGAUGGUGGAGAGAAUUCAAGGCUUUGAUGAAGAUGACAUCGAAGAAGCCUUUAAUUUACUUCUGAGCCGAGCUUCUCCAGACAAUUACCGGCUAUGCUUCUUCAUCGACGGCCUUGACGAAUGCAAAGGCAACAAGCUUCAGCAUGAGGAUUUGGCAAAGAUGUUACAAAGCUGGGCCAAUUUAGAAGCCGUAAAGCUUUGUAUCAGCUCCCGGCCGUAUUCGGAAUUCAUGGGGCCGCUCGCACUUCCCGGGAACAGACAGAUCCAGCUGCACGAGCUCAACAAGUCUGACAUCAGAGCCUAUUGCCUCGACCGUUUGGGAAAGGAUGUCGACGCUGAGAAGAGAGGCAAACUAUGUCGAAAAUUGGUUGAAAAGGUCCUUGAGCAAGCACAGGGCGUUUUUCUUUGGGUUCACCUAGUGAUCGACAUUUUGCUCAUGGGAUUCCGCCAGCACGAUCCCGAUUCUGUCCUUCUGGCCCGGCUCGAAGCAUUGCCAUCCGAUCUGGACAAGUUAUACGCGAAGUUGAGAGAGUCUAUCGAGACUGACAGUAUCCAGAGGACGAGGUCAAAUCGGAUGCUCCUACUUGCGACACACAGUCCUGGUCCCUCAAAUUUGACGGCUAUGGCAUUUUCCUGGCUGGACGAAUGUGACCAAGGCGGCUUGAUGAAUCCCAACUUUCCGCCAGCAAGUGGGCUAGAUCCAUACUCCGAAGACGAGAUUUCCACAAGACUCGACCACGUCACAAAACAGAUCAAUGGGCUCGCGAGAGGAUUUCUUCAAACCUAUACAGACGGUCCUUUGAACGAAGGACAGACAGGAAGGCUCUUCAGAAUCAGGGUUCAAUUUUGUCACAGAACCGCCCGGGAUUAUCUACUUCAAACUGAAGACAGGCGCCGUGCCAUGCUCAGGUCGUUUCCAAACUUUGAAAAUUCUCACUUGUAUACAAGAAUCUUUCUUGCAGAAGUUAUUCACGGCGGCCAUUCAAAGAAUCCUCAUAGUCUUCGUCAUAUCUUCACGCCUCUCGAUCAGUCAGUCCGCCAGAACGCGGACCCUGACUUGGUUAGCAAAUUCGACCUCCCGGUUCAAAACUUGGAGCCGCCUCGCAUGCUCAGACUAGUUCAAAAUACCCUUUUAAUACCACCGGUGGAAGGCCCAGCAAAAGUCUCAUUCAUAGCAUUUGCUGCAUACUGCGGGCUCGAUCGUUUCGUCCUUCGCGAAAGUACCAGAGACAUAACAGAGCUCAACGAGACAUCUGUGAGCUGCAACAUCCUCUUAGCAGCGUUGAGCGGGGAGCAUUACAAUCUGGCUUUGGCGUUGUUGAACUUGGGCAAGGGAAUGACCCAGCUGUGCGGAGUAUCUGAAAACAAUGAGCAGAUACGCUAUGCGCAGACACUGGUUCCCCUCAGGGAAGUGGAUAGAAGCGUCUUUGGAGGUAAUGAAAUUACUUUCGCAAUCCAGGGCCAGUCUGAAUAUAUCGAAUACGAGCUCGACUCGACGGCGCAGAGGUUGUGA